CUUCCAAUUCAUCAUCCGCGUCUCCUUCCACUACAACCUUCACAUUCUCUUCUUCUCUCCUCCAUUACGCACCUCCAUCUUCUUUCACGGGCGCUCCAAGGUAGUGGCCAGAUUACUGUCUAGCUCAUUUAUCUUGGAGACGCUGCCUCACCAUUGUGUAUACCUCGGUCCGUCCUGUCAACAUGACUCCACCCAUUGCCGACACCGCUCGUCCAGUACGAACCAGCAAUAGAAAAGCUGCCCCUCGUAUAGCUCGAAUUGUACCCGCUGUUCCUCUGGCAUACUCAAAACCUUCUGUGCCUCCCAAGUCGAAUGCUUCCCCCCCCGAUGUUACAAAUACAAUAUCUGCUCGCUCUCCUGAAAACGGAGACACAAACCAUGCGCCAGCACAAGAACAGGCACUGAUCAAGAGUGACGAAAGCGUCGAAGAUCAAAUUGAAGCUCAUACAAUAGAACCAGUCGCCAAUUCAGAAAAAUCGAAUGAAGUUCUGCCUCUCGAAGAGAUCGUGCCUGCGGAGGUAGCAGAACAACAGGACGGUGUGCAGUCUGUAUCCCAACACACGAGAAAGUCUUCCACCGUAUCUAGUCGUGUGGCCAACGAGCUCCCCCCUCCCUUUUACCCGUCUGAAGACCGCUCCACGCCCACGCCCACCUCCACGACAUCUUCUGUCCCUUUUCAGAACCUGCCAUCAAACAAUGUUACUAUGCACCAUCCGCGUCCGAGCCCAAGCCGGAUCAUCUUUGGUGGCUAUGCCGAUUCAUCCAAUACCUCCCCGGCUCCACCUCCAGGUAUGAUGCCAUUCCAAAUGCCUCAAGCACCACCUGGGUACAUGCCUCCUACUUAUGGUCCACCGCCCUUCUACCCUGCCCAUUCACACCAUCUUUCGGAUCCCCACGCUGGUUCUAUGUACCCGAUCAUGGGUCUACCUCACAAUGGGGCUGGGUACAGAAGGGACCAGCCUUUGGGAAGGCAGCAGCCUCCUUGGUAUCCAUCUGAAGGUCUACCGUAUGGCGCAAGGCCCCAAGACUUCUAUUACCCCCGUCCACCAUACGGCCCGCCGAAUGGCAAUUUCCAGGACUCACGGUCACCAUCGCAGGGCUCCUCACGCAAUCAAGAUCAAGACACGAAGAGAUCAGACACACGCGCGCCUACCCAGAAUGGCGCUCGUGUAAACGGCAUGGACCCAAUCUCUAGCUCAGAGAUGGCACCACUCUACAGUCUACGUGAUUGGCUAAGUGAGAAUUUUGGGAAUCAAGCCCUUGCUGAUUGUAUCUUGGAGGUUUCACCUGAUCCCAACAUGCAAACUUUUUGCAUUCCGGCCCAUGGUGUGUUACUUGCCAGGAGUCCUGUUCUUCGAAACAUAAUCUCGCAAAGCAUGAGACCACUGGAAGGUACCAGAGUUGCUAAGCUACAAGUUCCGUCACAGCAUUUCAUUUGGCAUAGCUACCUAGACGCUUUACGAGUUCUUUACGGAGGUCCAUUGCUGACCACUGUUGAGACUGAGCCGCUUCCACCGUUCAACGCGGAUGGAAGCACACUAGCCGUGGCUUCUGGACGUGUCGAACACGCUCUGGCAUACCUCGUGGCUGGCGAAGCCUUUUGUAUCCCCGAAGUAGUGCGCGAUGGCUUCACAUUGGUCGCGAGGCUGCUCAGAUGGGACACUAUCGAGAAGAUUCUAGAUUUCGUAUCAAAUCCGACUUUAUUUGCACCGGUCCCGGGUAUCCAACCGAAUACAUCUUUUGAGGGCCAGAAGUCAUCUUUGCUAGUCUCGGUGCUCGACUUUAUCGCGCAAAACAUACCAUCAGACUUCAAGCUCAACACAGCCGCUCCUCAGUUAGCGGCGUCACCUCGACUGCCUCCUCUGGGAGAUUCUAGACCCAACAAGCACCACCCGCGUCUCAGUCAGAUCCGUUUUGGUGAGCUCCCGCCGGAUUUAUUCUGCGUCAAUCUGAUCUCGAGUAUCCUGAUUUCAUUGCCAUUCGAAUCACUCAAGAGACUUUUCGAAGAGAGCCGCCUGGAGGAUCGUUUCAGUCAAGGCCGUCUUUUUGAUAUAGGCCUCAGUGUUAUCGAAGAAAGAGAAAAUAGACGCAAAAAGCUUGCUCGGGGCUUUCAAACUCAUGACACAACACCAAAAGGCCAUCCUCUUUGGCCAAAUCUUUUACUCGAGGAAGGUUUAUCUGCAAACACUCACGCCCAAAGCGGUUUACAACUUCUACGCAAACCGGUCAAUUACGAUACCUCCUCUUUCAAUGGGCAUUUGGAUUCCUGAUCCACACGGAGCAUCAAACUUUGCUCCCACCAUUAAUGCCGUACAUCCCCUUUUGUUGCAUAGCAAGCGGUCUGGCGUUUGUGGAAUUCUUCAUAUUUUCCUGGAGACACCCUUUUCGGAUUUGGAGUACAUAACAUCGUUCCGAUACCUGCGCCGUGAAUCCAGGAAUGGAGACGUAAAAAGUUUGGUGAGGUUGCAUCUCGCGGGAGCAUGGACAGGCGGAUUGAAAUUAGCAUUUGAGAGCGGUCAAUGAUUUCGGUUAGGCAUGUAAUAAUGUAUCGUCUUGUAUUGUAGAGGCCUGAAUAUAUGCGACUUACUCGCAGGAGGUAUAUGUGACUAUGACUCGGCG